AUGUGUGAGCUGGGUGGGCCGAUGGGGGGAAGGGGAAGGGUUGCGGGGGAGGUCGACGCUGGUGGCGCGACGCCGACGUGGAGGCUCGUCGGACACGCGACGCGCCACGGGACGCCCCGCAGUCACAACUUCACAAGAGGGAGAUCGGUGGCCCCAGCUCGACGGCGGCACUUUGCUCACUCACCGCACAAACAUAUCCGCUAUCCA